GGCCGGCACGCGCUCGCGGUGCCCAAACCCCGACGUCUUUACGCAAAACGUAAACAUUGAGCCGUGUGUGUCAGAAUCAAAGUGAAACCGAUAAGGACGAAAAAAGUGAAUUUGUGACGGAACGUUUCUAAAAUACCGAAUAAGGACAAAUGUUCGGAAAAUAUGUUCCGAUUUAUGACUUUUCUGUUCGUGACCUUUGGUGCCAGUGCUGUUAGUGGUCUAGAUUGUGUGAAGGAUGGCGAGGAUAGAACUAUGCUGUGUCGCAUACGGACGCUCGAAUCGAACGGUUCGAGUUUGGUUCAGGCCCAUCCUGAGAAUACGAAACAUCUGAAAAUAGAAUGUAACCAACUUCUACUUUUCGAGAGCUAUCUCGAGGCGAACUAUUUCCAAAAGUUCUCUAUCCUCGAGGACUUAUCCCUGCGAAACUGCAAACUACUCAAGAUCCCCGGCAAUGCAUUCGAAGGAUUACGUGAACUUAAAAAGUUGUCGGUGCGAUCCAAAAACGAUGAUUGGAGCCCGAGUAAAAAUUUGGAACUCUCUCUCGGAACUUUCAACGGCUUGAGAGAACUUCAGACGCUCGAUCUCGGGCAAAACAAUCUGAAAGUAAUACCGCCAGAUGUUUUCUGCGCUUUAGAUAAUUUACAACUUUUGAACAUUACUCGUAACAAAAUUAAAAGCGUGGAUCGCCUCGGAUUCGGGAAGACUUGCGGAUCGAGCCUACAAAGUUUGGACGUCAGCUUUAAUGAAAUAAAAUCGUUAAGUGAUGAAUCUGAAAUAACCGGAUUUCGGCGACUUCAAGAGCUGAAGCUGCAGAAUAACAAUAUAAGUGAUAUAUCUAGUGAAAUAUUCAAUGGACUUAUAUCGUUGAGGAUUUUGAACAUUUCGUACAAUAAACUACAGUUCAUACCGGAGGGGACGUUCGCUAAUACUAAGGAGUUGCGCGAAAUGUAUCUCAAUAAUAAUAUGCUGUUCGAGUUAGCCAAAGGCGUAUUUCACCGAUUAGAGCAGCUGCUUGUCUUAGAUUUAUCGAAUAAUCAACUCUCGAGCGCUCAUAUCGAUGGCGGAACAUUUAUUGGCCUUAUACGCUUAGUCAUUCUCAAUUUAUCCAAUAACGCCUUGACGAGGAUAGAUGGUAAGACGUUUAAGGAUUUAUUCUUCCUACAGAUAUUAGAUUUAAGAAACAAUUCAAUCGGAUAUAUUGAAGAAAAUACUUUUCUUCCAUUGUAUAAUUUGCAUACAUUGAAUUUAGCCGAAAAUCGUUUACAUACUAUUGACGAGUUCCUUUUUAAUGGAUUGUUUGUGUUAAGUAAAUUAAAUUUAAAUAAUAAUCUGUUAGUCACUAUUGACAUAAAAGCUUUUAAAAAUUGCUCAGAUUUAAAAGAGCUGGAUUUAAGCUCAAAUCAAUUAACUGAGGUUCCAAAUGCCGUUUGGGAAUUGUCACUGCUUAAAACUUUGGAUCUUGGUGAAAAUCAAAUAUCAGAUAUUAAAAAUGGCUCCUUUAAAAAUUUGGAUCAGUUAACCGGUUUGAGGUUGAUAGAUAAUCAAAUCGGUAAUCUUAGUGUCGGUAUGUUUUGGGACUUACCUAGUCUUCAAGUAUUAAAUUUGGCUAAAAAUAAGAUACAGGCUAUAGAAAGAGGCAGCUUUCAACGUAAUAAACAAUUAGAGGCUAUUAGACUAGACGGUAACUUUAUCUCAGAUCUAAAUGGAAUAUUUUCGACUCUGUUGAGUUUGCUUUGGCUUAAUCUUUCAGAAAAUCAUUUAGUGUGGUUCGACUACGCUUUCAUUCCGAGCAAUUUAAAAUGGCUUGAUGUACAUGGCAAUUUUAUCGAGCAUUUAGGAAAUUACUACAAGCUCCAAGAUGAAAUCCGCAUUAAAACUUUGGAUGUGAGUCAUAAUCGUAUCAUAGAAAUAUCUCCGUUCGCGAUCCCUAAUAGUGUCGAGCUUUUAUUCAUAAACAACAAUCAUAUUAAUAAUAUUCAAGUAAAUACAUUUAUAGAGAAAACCAAUCUUACGAGAGUUGAUAUUUAUGCAAAUGAGAUAUCUCAUUUAGAUAUCAACAGCCUCCGGUUAUCUUCGGUCCCCCUAAACAAGUCAUUACCAGAGUUCUAUAUCGGAGGGAAUCCCUUUGAAUGCGAUUGUUCCAUGGAAUGGUUGCCUUUAAUAAAUAAUAUGACAGCAAAUAGGCAGCAUCCGAGAAUAAUGGAUCUCGAAAAUGUUUUAUGUAAAAUGACCCAUACAAGAGGGGUCACCCAUAUACCGUUGAGUAAUCUAAAAUCUACAGACUUUUUAUGUAGCUAUGAAACACACUGUUUCACUUUAUGUCACUGUUGUGAUUACGUCGCUUGCGACUGUCAAAUGACUUGCCCGAAUAACUGUUCCUGUUAUCAUGAUCCGACCUGGCAUACGAAUGUUGUAGAUUGUUCUAAUCAGAGAGCAGGCGACAUACCAGAAAAAGUACCCAUGGACGCCACGGAGGUAUAUUUGGAUGGUAAUGACUUUAAAGAAUUGCAAAAUUAUGCGUUCAUAGGGAGGAAAAAUAUGAGAUCCCUUUAUGUUAAUUCAAGUGAAGUCGAAAAUAUACAUAAUAAAACAUUCGCAGGAUUAUCGUCGCUGAUACUUCUGCAUCUUGGAAAUAAUAAGUUAAAACAUUUAAAUGGUUUCGAAUUUGAGCACUUGACGCAGCUAACCGAACUUUAUUUGCAAGAUAAUUUUAUAACUUACAUUCAUAAUUCCACAUUUUCUACUUUACGUCAGUUAAGAAUAUUGCGCUUAGAUGGCAACAGAUUAGUAGAUUAUUCCCUGUGGAGUCUCACAGUGAACACUAAUUUGAGAAGUUUAUCGAUCGCGAAUAACAUGUGGUCAUGUAAGUGCAGAUACUUACAAAAGUUUACAUCUUACAUAUCGGAGAAUGUCCAUAAAAUAAAAGACAUACACGAUAUCAAGUGCUGGAACACAGAAACCCGCUCGCCACAAAAGAAGGAAUUAAAUCUGAACGGUACAAUAUGUAGCGAUUAUUAUGCGGGCGAUUCGUUCACGGAUAACAUGAUUGUUUCGGAUUACAUGCCGGUAAUGGUGACUACGUUCACUGGGUUUACGCUUAUUAUCUUAGUCACCCUAGUGACUUUCUUAUUUAGGGAUACGAUUCGCAUCUGGUUGUACACGAGUUGCGGAAUAAGGCUGUUCCCAUUCACCGGAGCAUACGAUGACACUGACAAAUUGUACGAUGCUUAUAUUUGCUACAGCCCCAAGGAUGACGAUUUCGUGAUACAAACUUUGGCCGCCGAGCUGGAAAAUGGAAGUCCCUCGUAUCAUCUAUGCUUACAUUAUAGAGAUAUUCCUCAACACGGAGUUCCUUACAUGCAAUGCACAUUACCAUUACCCGAAGCUGUGGAAGCUUCGAAACGUAUUAUUCUAGUGCUCACACGAAAUUUCUUGGAGACGGAGUGGUCCCGUUUCGAAUUUAGACAAGGAUUACAUGAAAUACUAAAAUCUAGAUUCUGCACGCUUCUAAUAAUAGAAGAUAGUUCAAUAUUGACGGACAUCGAGUGCGAUCCAGACUUGCGGCCGUACCUAAAGACCGGCGUAAGGAUUAGGUGGGGUCAAAAUAAAUUUUGGGACAAGCUUAAAUACGCGAUGCCGGAUAGGCGGUACAAAGCAAAAAGGUCAUCUAGCUACCGACAUAAUAUUAAUUCGUAUGCAAUGCGAAAUAGCAUGCAAAACGGGACGAUGAGAUCAUUUUCGUUUACUGAAAAAAUCAAUGAACCGAGCGGUAAUGACGUGCCGGAAUUUAUUCAAAAUCGUCCCCCACAACCUCAGCCGAUCUAUGCGCCUGAUGGUAGACCUCCGUCGGAUCAUAUCUAUUCCUCUAUUGAUUCAGACUAUUCCUCAUUAGAAUUAGGCGGGAAUAAUCCUAAUAGAAGGAGGGAGUUUAGGCACUGGCCUCCUCCACCUCCGCUAAUUGAUACCCAGCAUUCGGGUCAAGCUUACCUCGUCUAGUCUAAAGCUUCUAAUCGUUGUAGUCAGCUUCUUGUGUAAAUUGUAUCAUCUGCCGCGCUUUACCAAAUAAUUAAGUCUAUUUUUGUAAUUUCGAGCUCGAGGUUCUGUUUUUAGUC